AUGGAGCCGUGCGACGGACUCCGCGCCUCGGCGCUCAGCCCUCGGUACCCUGAGGACCUCAGGCCCCUGAGGAGGGCUUCCCGGGAGCACGCAUCUCCGUCUUUGUCGUAUCUCUCUGAUUCGUUGGCUUCGCCGGCCGAUCGCUCCAUUCCGUCGUCACAGAGCGCCGUUUCAGCGUUUUCUCCUGUGUCUCUUGCUUCUGUCCGCCGCGUAAAGGCGGUUUUGCGCCAGGAAGGAGACACCUCCAUGUUUGCGUCGCCUACUUCCUGUCCCUGCCUGUCGGUCCCUCCCGUUAGUCCGCUUUCCGUGCCGUCUUCUAGCCGAGUGUCGAAGCGCCCGGCCGUUGGCUCUGCCGCUUCUGUUGCCCUGUCCGAAUUCACCACACCGGACAAAGCGCGGACAGACGACUUUGCGUCUCUCGCGUCCUCGUUCCUGCCUGCCUCUUCCUUGCCGCCAUCUUCGUGCUGUCCCUCUCGCUCUCACUCUUGUCCGUCUUCUCCAAAUGGUGCCCCGUCUUCGUUCCCCCUUCUUUCCUCUCGACUCCGCCGUUAUCGGUCUUCCUCGCAAGUGUGCGUCGACGACGCGCAUGCAACCCCUCCGUCUUUUUCGCGGUCGCUGUCGCUUCCGGUCACCUGCCGUCUUUCCGCCUCGACUUCGUUACCUGCCCGAGACCACGAGUGGCGUCUGGAAAACUCUGCUCGGGAGAAACACGAAACGCGGCGACUGAGUUUUUACUCCUUCUUCUCAUCCGCCGACGUGGGCACGGAAGGAGGCGACUCGCCCAAGUCCUUUCUUGGCACAACGCUGGCGCAACCGCAGCGGCAAACGAGGAGCCUGGACAGAGCCUCUGAGGAAACGCGUGUCUUCCACACUGGAGAAGGCGACGGCCUCUACGUGGCGUGCUUGACGCCUCUCCUUCCAGCAGGGCUGCGCGGAAAGGGUCGAGACGUUGCCAGCGAAGACAACUUGGGGCCGGGAGCACGCGACGCCGUGCGUGGGAGCGGACUGACGGCAGAGGAAAGCUCUGAAAAGCGGGGAAGAAUACCCUUCGAAGCCCCGCACGGUGCUUCUUGCGCCGCCCCGACUGACGCAGGGAGCCGUGAGGGAAACGCCCCUCGAGUCGCGUCGGGAGUCGCCGGAAAUUCCCUCAACGCCGCGAGCGAGACCUUGCUGGCGCAGGAGAGACGGAGGAGGGAAACGGCUGGACGCGAGGCGACGGCCAGGUCGGGGAUCUGGGCGGCGACGGAGGAACAGCACGCGGGCGGGGGACGAAUCGAGAAGGGCGAGGUAUAUGGACAGAAUAGCCACGGGCAGCAGCUCUCUCUGGAGACCAGGCAGGAAGAGUCCGCCACUCGUCCUGUUCUCCAAAUUCCCCCUGGGCUCGGUUUCCGGCACGGGCGUCCAGAGCCGCGGGGAGACGGGCCACGUGAGACGCAUGAGAGAGAUGAACAGAGCCCGACAGGGCGGCGUGCUUGUCAGGAACGCGAGAGUUCGAAUGCAGGGGGGCUUCUGGGGUCAGAACCUGCACCAGCGACGGCUGCUUCCUCUGCCGGUUUCGGGAGAACCCGACAAACAGGUGAGAGCCCUGCGCUUGCCUCCAGCGCAGAACGGCGGAGGACAAGACAGUUGACGCAGAAGGCCGAAAAAGAGAGGCCGAGCCGUCUUUUUUUUCUCGACAGUGAGGAGCGCGCGACAGUCGAGACCGGACUCCCCUCGAUAGAUGCCUCGUCUUGUCCCAUCCCGCCCUCGCGUUCUUCUCCGAUGCCCCAUCCGAGCGUGCCAGUCACUUUGGUCCGUGGAGGGAGGGUGACGAUCAACAAGCCGGAGUUUUCCGAGGCUCUCCGAGGCCGAGACCAGAUUCGCCGAGGCAGCAGUGGAGAGAGAGGUGAAGCCGAAGGAAGGCACAACGAAACAGCAUGUCGACGAAACCGCCAAGGCAACCGACCUGGCUCCGGUCGGGCAGGGAGUGAACACGCAGGUCCGUCGCGGCUGUCGGUCGACGAGGGAGAGGGCGGGACUGGACUUGGACGCUGCCAAGGCGAGGUGGAACAGGAAGAACGAGGCGAAACGGAGACAGAGCCGCAAACAUGCACAGACGGCACAACGCCAUCUUCCUCGUCGGCAUCCUGCGCGAGUCUCGGUUCGAAGCCUGGAGGCGCCCUCGAGAAGGAACUCACAGAAACCCUGCCUCCGCGUAGGCCACCACUCCCUGCGAACGAGGCAACAUCGUCACCGGAAGGAGAAGACUGGCUAGAAGAAAGACGGAGAACGGACUCGGAGGACGAAGGGAACCCGGAACGGGGGCGUGGCGAUGGGGAGGAGCACCGCGAGGGCGACGUCGACUGUGCUUUUGACCCAGCUGAUCCCCACUCUCUCUUUUCUCUGCCGCUCGUCGCAGAAGGCGCCACAGACAGCCUCGACACGAGUCCUGAGUCUGCUGUCCCCAUCAUUUUCCGCGUCUUCGAUGCCCAGGGGAGUCUGUGCCCGAGUUGCCGUCGCCAGUUGCAGCCCCCUGCCCCGCGGAGCGCGCGCCGGGAGUCUCGCGCAGAGCAAGGCCUCGCCCGUUUCUCCACCUCCUCGCUCCCUUCUCUGCCUUCGCUUUCGUCGUUCGCGCCGGCCUUCCCGUCCUUUGCUUCCGGAGGCGCUUCCGAGACUUCCCUGGACCUCGCUUCCUUCUUCGCGCUCAACGGAGCGGCCAGCUGCCAAGUUCCCCCCGGCUCGAUCGUCUUUGGCCGAGACAGCCCAGCCGGCGCGGGCGCAGCGCGGCGAAGGACCGAGUCGUUGGGCGCAGUGGACGGGAGUCGAGCCUCUCGCUUCUUCCCUGCGCCGGAGACAAACGCAGCCCGCUUUCCGCCUUGUCGAACGCAGCCAGAAACGGUCACCGUUUCCUCGCCAGGAUCUUCAUUUCCGUCGGCAGACGCGAGCGCAGAGAAAGACAGUCGGCACCUUUCCUCGACGUCGUGCUCGCCUUCCGGGAACGCAAACUUCCAGCUGUGCUCCUGCAGUGCACUCUAUGUCGUGGGCAGUCCUCGGCUGCUUGGCGAGUGGACGAAACGCAGGGGAGUGAGGCUUCGCACGAGCGCUUCGCUGUUUCCUUACUACGUGUCGCCGCCGGUUCUCGUGCCGCGACAUCUCCGCGCCGUCAGCUACCGCUUUGCGCGCCUGUCGAAUGGUGCUUCGUCGUCGGUCUCUGCGGAUUCCUUUGCACCGUCCGAGCGCAUGCACGAGACCACACAAGGCCGACCACGGUCGGAGGCGGAGGGCGGCGUUUGCGGAGAGGUUGAGGGAGAGGAGAGCGAGACCGCGUGUACAGCCUUUGCAUCGAAACGCUUCUCUGGAGGGCCCAGGAAGACCGAAAACGGCCCAUCCGCAGCAAACAGGAAGACCGGCGCGGUCGUCGCCGUCCGUAGUUCCCAUCCCUUCACGCUGCAGAGGUUAACCGAGGCGGGGCCAGCGGCUGGCCAAGACGGAGAAGGCGAGGGAGAAAAAGAGGGGACGAGGCAGGGCGGCGACGCGGAAGGAGGCGCAGUGGUCGAGAUUUCGGCGGCAGACUCUUCGUGGCUUCGACGAGCGCGGAGCCGCGAGAGAACGAGAGGAACAGAGGCGCGCGCGAAGACCACGUCGUGGUUCCCCUUUUGUCUCGGAGUACGAGAGGGCAACCGACACGAAAGAGAAAAGCAAAAGAGACGCGACGAGGGGACCUGGGACGUCGAACGCGUUCACGGAGACCGACGCCUAAAGCUCCCGCAUGCAGCGGCCGUCAUCUCCCAUACUUUUGGCGUGAACGACAAAGGCAUCUCGAGACACGCGACCCAACACGAUCUCGUCCAGGCACUUGCCUUGUGUCUGGGGACGGUGGACUGGAAUGCACCGGUCUUCUCCCAGGGGGGACCUUGGUAUGAAAUGGAGAAGCCAGAUCGCGCGUUCUUUGUUGCCCAAGCAGACGCCUCGCCGUCUUCGAGUUGCCACUGGGAAGCGAGUGGCACGUCCCUCGCUGGUGACUAUUUGUCGUUCCUCUGGAGCUUCGCACUACUCUUCUCUCGUUGGCCGACCUUCGGCGCGCGCAACUCCGCAACCUCCGACCGUGUCGCUUCUUGCCCUGUCUCUUCCGACUCCGGCUGUCUCCCCGUGGGAUCGGAGCUGGGCAACAAUCCGGGCGAGGGCUUGCCCGACACCCGCAGCAGAGACUUCGGCUCUUUCGACGCUCCAGAAGAUGGGAGACAUGCUCCAGCGCCUGCCUCGUCUUCGUUUUCCUCGUGCGCGGCCGCUUCGUUUCCUGCGUCUGCGUCGUCGUCUUUCUCGUCCGGGGCAUCGUGCGCGUCUUCCUCGCCGCUCUCGGCUGCACGCUUCAGCGCCUUUGGGGCUCCGAGGGGCGAGGCUGUGGCGCCGCUGGUGCGCGUGGGGCGGGUGACGGACGUCGGCGGGGUAAGGCGACGAAGGCGCGAAGAGAAGAAGUUACGAGAAGACAAACCGAGUGUGUGUUUCAAAUUCUUCGCCCUUCGGACCCUCGCUCUUGUUGCGCAGACCGAACAGGCUCUGUACCUCGCGGCAGGUGAGCGCUGA